AUGAAUUACUUACUUUUUUCUUUACUAGUAUUAACACUCUUAGUAUCGGCUUUACAAGCUCUUGCCUGUUACAAACAUCAUGAACGAUGUACAUAUAAACCAUCGUGUCUUAUUGAUGCAAAUCGAAAGAAUUGUACGAGUUCAGAAGAAAAAUAUUGCUUUAAAGAUGAUUUGAUUUUGGGUAUGGAAAUUCGAGGUUGUGCUGAAUCUGCAUUCUGUAAUGCAACACCUUUGAUUGGUAUUCGAUAUUGUUGUAAUACAGAUUAUUGUAAUUAUGCCAUGAAUGAAAUACGUAUUAGUUGGUUUAUGAUUAUAACUAUGCUUAUGACAAUCAUAGUUAUAAUCCGUUGA